AUGCUGGAGCGGGCGCAGAGCCUGCUUAUGCGGGAGCGGUACAGGAGGCAACGAUCUGCUCCAUCAUCAUACAAGCAUGAGGACAGUCAGCGGUCCACCCAUCCGAAGUCUUUGCGACACUUUAUUGGCGUCGAACAAGAAAAUGUGCCACCGGGCGUGUUGCCGCGACGCUCAGCUAGUGUCAAGCAGCCCGUACAGCACCGUGUUCCAUUCGCUGCGCAAGAAAAUGGGGUCAGAUUAAUGCGUAGCCAGAGUGCCAGAGUCCCCCCAGGCCCGGUUCGCCGUACGGCGCAGGCGGCGGAUGUCAUUGCCUUGGAUCGGCCAUUGCCACCCCUGCCAACGCGACGACAUCGUCUAGACCAGCAUCCGCCCCUGCCUGCGCCCAAGAAGCAACGUCCGGUCUUUUCGAAAAAGGCGCCUUUUUCGAGCGCGUCAACGUACCCAUCGCUGCAGCUGCACGAAGUAAACGCGGAGCGGCGGCCAGAACUGCGGCAUACCGAUGAAAUCUACAGAGCAGAGACACUUCGAAGCCAACGGGCUACUGUAUACAUAGUUACGGGAACAUAUGGUACAUAA